AUAUAGGAGUGUCCCACACACACCGCCCGCUAGGGGGAGAGGCAGAGAGUGGGCGGCUCCGGGCCGCGAGAGGAGCUCACCCCAGUAGUUUCCCCCUGAACCCCCACAUACACAAGCGGCUCCAUGGAGAAACGAAGGAUGGAGUGUCCGGCGCUGCCGGCGGGAUGGAAGAAGGAGGAGGUGAUCAGGAAGUCCGGCCUCAGCGCUGGCAAGAGCGAUGUCUAUUACUAUAGUCCAAAUGGUAAGAAAUUCAGAAGCAAGCCUCAGUUGGCAAGGUACCUGGGAAACAGUGUUGAUCUCAACAGUUUUGACUUCAGAACGGGAAAGAUGAUGCCCAGUAAAUUGCAGAAGAACAAACAGAGACUAAGAAAUGAUCCUCUCAAUCAAAAUAAGAGUAAACCAGACUUAAACACGACGUUACCUAUUCGACAAACUGCCUCAAUCUUUAAACAGCCAGUGACCAAAGUUACCAACCACCCCAGUAACAAAGUGAAAUCAGACCCCCAGAGGGUGAUUGAACAACCCCGGCAGCUUUUCUGGGAAAAGAGGCUGCAGGGACUAAGUGCCUCAGAUGUAACAGAACAAGUCAUAAGACCCAUGGAGCUUCCUAAAGGCCUUCAAGGUGUUGGCCCCGGAAAAAAUGAGGAAACCCUCCUUGCAGCAAUCGCAAGUGCUCUACACACAAGCUCAGCACCAAUCACAGGGCAGCUCUCUGCGGCUGUAGAAAAGAACCCAUCCGUAUGGCUGAACACAUCCCAGCCUCUCUGCAAAGCAUUUUUAGUUACAGAUGAAGAUAUACGUAAACAGGAAGAGAGGGUGCAGAAUGUUCGAAGAAGAUUAGAAGAAGCCCUAAUGGCCGAUAUCCUGGUACGAGCUUCGGAAGCCUCUCAGAACUCAGAUGUUUGUAUGGACAACAGGGAUGCAUAACAGUCUCAUCAGGUACCUCAGCUGUUUAGAACAGUGACACGUCUCCUAUGCAAA